UGCACUAUCCGUUUUGUUCGGGUUUCAUAAAUAAUUUUGUAGCAGAUAUUUCUGUUAUUCUUUGUAACCGCUCAACACUUCAUGCAUUGUUUUGAAAGUAGAAGAGUUUACGUAUUGUUUGAGUGUACAUAGAAGUAUAUUGUCACAUAUUAGUGUAUGAAGUAUAGGCUACUGCUUCCUGUUCGUACCCUAAUGGCACAAACGAUUUAGCUAGCUAUUAGCUGCUAUUAUAAGCCUCUUGUUUUCUGGUUCAUGCCUCACUAACACACUACCUGUGCUAGUUAGUAGGUGAUAGUUUAUGUGUUUGUAUUUUGGACUGAACUAGUUUGUGUGGUUGAGAGUUAGGGCUGCCAUGAGCACGUCCACUGGAGCUCAGCAGUCUUCUUUGCGCUUUGGUCAGGUCGUUAUUGGGCCACCUGGCUCAGGGAAAACGACCUACUGCCGAGGCAUGUAUGACUUCCUGAGUCAAGUCGGGCGCAAAGUCGUGGUAAUAAACCUGGAUCCUGCCAACGAGGGACUUCCGUAUCAGUGUGCAGUGGACAUUUCAGAACUAGUCACACUUGAAGAUGUGAUGGAGGGGCUGAAACUUGGCCCUAACGGAGGCCUCAUCUAUUGCAUGGAAUAUUUAGAGGCCAAUUUGGACUGGUUACAAGCUAAACUGAAGCAGCACCAUGACUGUUAUGUCCUUUUUGACUGCCCUGGCCAGGUGGAGCUUUACACUCAUCAUACUGCAGUCCGAAAUAUAUUUGCCCAGCUAUCCAAGUGGAAUUUCAGGUUGACUGCAGUCCAUCUGGUGGACUCUCAUUACUGCGCUGAUCCAGCCAAGUUCAUUUCUGUCCUCUGCACCUCGCUGUCCACCAUGCUUCAAGUGGAACUGCCUCAUGUCAAUGUUCUCUCCAAGAUGGACCUUAUUGAACAGUAUGGCAAGCUGGCCUUCAAUCUUGAUUACUACACGGAGGUUAUGGACCUAUCAUACCUGGUGGAACAUUUAGCCACUGACCCAUUCUUUAAGAAGUUCCAUCAUCUGAAUGAGAAGUUGGCUGAGGUGAUCCAGGACUACGGUCUUGUCUCCUUCGUCCCUCUGAAUGUGCAGGACAAGCAGAGCAUGAUGCAGGUCCUUCGCACAGUGGACAAGGCCAAUGGCUACUGCUUUGGGGACUUGGAGGAAAGAAAUCUGCAGGCUAUGAUGUCUGCUGCUGUUGGAGCAGAUUUUCAGUUUAACUUAGCUCUUGGAGUACAAGAGAGAUAUGUGGAAACCAAUAAAAAGACUUUGGAAGAAGAGGUCAUGGACUUGUAACUGUAAUAAAAGCUUAAUUUAAUAA